AUGAAACGCUCAUCAUUUAUACUACUAAAUUUUCACUAUCUUAUUACUUCAUCAUCAUCAUCAUCAUCAUCAUCAUCAUCAUCAUCAUCAUCAUCAUCAUCAUCAUCAUCAUCAUCAUCAUCAUCAUCAUCAUCAUCAUCAUCAUCAUCAUCAUCAUCAUCAUCAUCAUCAUCAUCAUCAUCAUCAUCAUCAUCAUCAUCAUCAUCAUCAUCAUCAUCAUCAUCAUCAUCAUCAUCAUCAUCAUCAUCAUCAUCAUCAUCAUCAUCAUCAUCAUCAUCAUCAUCAUCAUCAUCAUCAUCAUCAUCAUCAUCAUCAUCACUAGGAGUAGCUGCAGAACUAAUUUAUCCCUCUUUUUAUCAGUAUACCAUUUAG